GCGGGAAACGAAAGUCCGUUGGGCUUUGGUGGGUCGAUUUCGGAAAGGCAAAGCGGAAAAUUCCCGGUAAUAUUCCCGAAUUCAAAAUCCUUUUCCAUGGUCGCAGAGCUCGAGCGUAGGAGUUCAGUUCACGGUAAUCGGCGAUGGAGCAGCUCGUGAUGAACUCAAUCGAACAAUCCCUCGACAAUAAUCAGCCACUCUCUUUUCAAACCCUAGCGUCCGUCAGAUCCCUCGUUAUCAACCCCAGCACCUCCGAUUCCACGCUCUCUUCAGUCCUUGACGCCCUAACUCGCUCUCUUCAACUCACUCGCGACUCCGUCUUCCUCCACCACGUCGUUAAGCUCCUCACCGACCUCUCCUCUCGCCGCCCCCACCUAUCCCCUAUUGCCAUUGAUUUGCUCCGUUCCAACUCGCUCUUCACCUCCUCCGAUUCGCCUCGCCUCGUUUGUGAGUCACUCUCCGCACUCGUUUCACUCACUUCAUCCCAAAACGGCGUUGACGAUGCUCGCUUCGUGUCUCUCUGCCUCGGUCCUUCUGUUUCCGUACGGCUAUGGCUAUUGAGGAAUGCGGAGAAGUUUGCAGUGAGGGGUUCGGUGUUAUUAGCUGUGUUUUUAGGGUUUACGAGGGACCCGUAUCCGUAUGUGAGGAAAGCAGCUUUGGAUGGAUUGGUAAAAUUGUGUGAGAAGGGUGAUUUUGAUGAUCGUGAUGUUGCUCAGGGAUGCUAUUUCCGUGCUGUUGAGCUGCUUUGCGACGCAGAGGAUUGUGUCAGAUCUCCAGCAGUUCGUGCAGUCUGUGAUUGGGGUAAAAUGAUUGUUGUAUCCACUGAAGAGUGGAACAAACAAGACUUGGCAGAUGCAGUAUUUAUCCAGCUCUGCUGUAUGGUAAGAGAUAUGAGUAUGGAGGUAAGGCUUGAAGCCUUUGAUGCCCUUGGGAAGAUAGGACUUGUAUCUGAAGAUAUCUUGCUGCAAACCGUGUCUAAGAAAGUCCUAGGGAUGAACAAAGAAAAAAUUUACAAACCAAUUGAAGGGCUUGAAAUUUCAGCUUCUGGUGCUGCUGGAGCUUUUGUACAUGGGCUUGAGGAUGAGUUCUCUGAGGUACGAAUGUCUGCCUGUUACUCUUUGCGUACGCUCACUGUCUUCUCUUUGCGAUUUGCUGGUGAAGCCUUAAACCUGUUGAUGGACAUGCUGAAUGAUGAUUCGACAGUUGUCAGGCUACAAGCUCUGGAUACAAUGCAUCACAUGGCAACUGGCGAUAAUCUAAAAGUUGAAGAAAUACACAUGCACAGGUUUCUGGGAACCCUUUUUGACAGCAGUUCUGCCAUAAGAUUUGUGACAAGGAAAAUACUCAAAUUAGCAAAGCUACCAAAGUUGGGGUUGUUUAAAUUGUGUAUUGAUGGCCUUCUUGGAAAUUUGGAGACAUAUCCAGAGGAUGAAGUUGAUGUCUUCUCCGUUUUGUUUCAUAUUGGGAGAAAUCAUGGGAAGUUCACCGUUUGCAUGAUUGAGGAGGUUUCUUCAGAGCUGGAGCCAGCUUUUGGAGGCAAAUUGGGCUUUGAUAGUACAAAAAUAGCAGCAUUUCUAGUGCUGGCCAUCUCAGUUCCACUGUCACAUGAAAAGGAUGCUCGUGGUGUUCCAGCUAGGAUAUUCUCUUAUGCAGUUACAUGGCUGGGGAGAAUCUCUCAUGCUUUAAGUGAUCUUAUGAGCCAAGAAACGCUUUUGGCUUAUUUAUCUGAGUGCAGUAGAUCCUCUACCAUUUCUCUUGCUGACUUUAAAAUAAAAGACGCAUUGCCAACAGUGGAAGGUGAUAUGCCAUCUCAUCUCUGUUCUGACAUUGGUAGUCCUGUCAGAAUUCCCUUGUGGCAACAAGAUGGAGAGACCUCCGACCAUCAUCAUACGAAAUUGUGGAGUUUAGGGAAGUCAGCUACUCAUGCAGAAUAUGAGCUGGGGGAGCAUGAUGAAUUAAGAAAGUCUUUAAAUCUUAUCUUUAGAAAGGUUAAGGACUUGUGGCCAUUGGUACAAUUAGGCUGCACAAAUGAAGCAUUGAAGGCUAUAAGGGCAUGUAAGGAAGAAGUGGCAUCAUAUACUGCAGAGUCCCCAGGAUCUGCUGGUGCUGUAGCAUUUACACUGCAGUAUCUCCGAGUUACAAAAUUGCUUGUUGCAGUUUGGGAGCACCUUAUGCUAACAAAAAGGCUUAAUCCCUAUGGAGUGGGAAAAUUAGAGCUUCUAUUAGCAAAAUUAGACAGGAGGCUCAGAGAAAUCAACAACAGGUUCAUCGGCUUGUCCAAAGGAGAGGAGUUGCAAAUCAUGGAACUGAUAGUUGUGGCUUGUCUUUUGAGGUUGUCCAAAGUCGAGAUCUGCUGUUAUGAAACUGCCAUGAAAAAGUUGUCUUCUACAAUUUCCCAUGUAGAAUUUCUCCACAAGGAGGGAUCCAUUGAACCAUCUCAUUUUAUAGUUGAAGUCAAGAAAUCAUUACAUGACGUUGGCUCAUCAAUUGGUGGUAACACCUUUAAGCCACUUCUCUUCAAGAAGUUAGUCGACUCCUUCUCUUUUGAGCAGUUUGUGUUAUGUGUAAGUCCUAGGUACCUAAAUGCAGAACUGGAAGUUCCUGGUAAUGAUUCUGAAAAUCCUCUUCCUUUUAUCUCGGGAAUCCCUGCUUCUAUACCACUUGUGAUCACUUUGCAUAACAUUUUGAGCGAUAACAGGCUGUGGCUUAGGAUAAGUAUGAGUGAGGAGUCAACUCAGUUUGUUUUUUUAGAUUUGAACCUAAUCAGAGGCAAUAAUGAGGUUAGGAAAUUCACCUUUGUGGCUCCCUUUUAUCUAACCCCAAAAGCAGUUUCCUUUACUUUGCGGGUUUCUAUAGGAAUGGAAUGCAUGGGAGAGACUCUUCAUCUAGUCAAAACCUUUGGGGGUCCUAAAUGUGAGCUAACAUAUCUUUCCCCCGAGAAAGAGAUUUUUCUUUGUAAGAGCACUAAAUGUUGAGUAAAUCAACUGUCUUUUCUUAUUA